CCAAAAACUAAAAUCGACCAAUCAAUGGUGUGCUGACAGUGAAGAACAAGUAAAUGGAUUGGCCGCACACCUCCUUCUUCCUCCCUUUCCAUGGGGGAAAAUUCCAAAAUCAAACAUGCCCCCCGUGACUCUUUCUUCUCGUGAAUUCACCAAAACCCCUCCACCAUCUCUUGGAUUUAUAAAUACCCCCAUUCCCACCCACUAUUAAACCAUGCCCUCAUCUCCACCACAACCACCCCACCCAAAUCAUAAUAUACCUUCCAAAAACCCGCUCCGGAAACCCGCUUGUCGCCUUCUGCUCAUCUCAAUGUCUGCUUUUCUUCUCCUUUCUCUUCUUUCUCUCGCUCUUUUCUUCACCCUCUCUUCUUCCCAUCGCCACCAUCUCCAACAACACCCACCCCAAAAUACUUCUCAAAUCCGCCUCGCCUGCCACUCCACUCGUUUUCCUCAACCUUGUGAAUCCUCUCUAACACUCCCUCCCAACCCCACUUCCCUCCAAAUCAUCCUCUCCGCCAUUUCUGUCUCUUCCCACAACCUCAAAACCGGACAAUCCAUGGUGAAAUCCAUCCUCGAAUCCUCCAAAGGCAACCUUAACCGCACCAACGCCGCUUCCAUCUGUGAUGAAAUCCUUUCCAACUCUGAUUACCGCAUCAACUCGACCGUCGACGCGUUAUCACGUGGCAAGAUCAAGGACGCACGUGCAUGGAUGAGCGCCGCCCUUUGCUACCAAUACGAUUGCUGGGGCGCCCUCAAGUACGCAAAUGACACCCAAUUGGUCAACCAAACCAUGGCGUUCUUGGACUCUUUGACGCAGCACACCAGCAACGCGUUAAGCAUGAUGGCCGCUUACGAUAAUUACGGGGACAACAUCAACUCGUGGGCCCCACCCAAAACGGAACGGGACGGGUUCUACGAGAAAGGGUCGAGCGGAACGGAACUGGUGUUCGACGGUGGUUUCCCGACGGGAUUAAAGCCGGACGUAACGGUGUGCAAAGACGGGAGCGGACGGUGUUACAAGACGGUGCAAGAGGCGGUGAACGCGGCGCCGGAUAAUGCAGAAGCGGGGCGACGGUUCGUGAUAGAGAUAAAGGAAGGGGUGUACGAGGAAACGGUGAGGGUUCCGUUGGCGAAGAAAAAUGUGGUGUUCUUGGGGGAGGGGAGGGGUAAAACCGUUAUUACAGGUUCUCUAAAUGUGGGGCAGCCUGGAAUGACCACUUACGAGUCUGCGACAGUCGGAGUACUUGGGGAUGGAUUUAUGGCCAGCGGCCUCACCAUCAAGAACACAGCAGGCCCCGAUGCUCACCAAGCAGUAGCCUUCCGAUCAGAUAGCGAUCUCUCUGUCAUCGAGAACUGUGAAUUCAUAGGAAAUCAAGAUACACUUUAUGCUCACUCGCUCCGCCAAUUCUACAACAAGUGCCAGAUUCAGGGGAACGUGGAUUUCAUCUUCGGAAACUCAGCUGCUGUAUUCCAAGAAUGUGAAAUAUUGGUUGUUCCACGGCAGUUAAAUCCCCGAAAAGGUGAGACCAAUGCCAUCACAGCUCAUGGCAAAACCGAUCCUGCUCAAUCAACUGGUCUCAUUUUCCAUAACUGCUCCCUCAAUGGCACGGAUGACUACAUGAAAUACUACUAUAGCAACCCUAAAGUGCACAAGAACUUUUUGGGAAGGCCAUGGAAGGAAUAUUCAAGGACGGUUUACAUAAACUGUGUGAUGGGAGAUCUUAUUUCUCCGCAGGGAUGGUUGCCAUGGAGUGGUGACUUCGCAUUGAAAACACUUUUCUACGGAGAAUAUCAGAAUUCAGGACCGGGUUCAAACAUGUCAGCAAGAGUUCCAUGGAGUACUCCAAUUCCUGGACAGAAUGUAUAUACUUACUCUGUCCAAAAUUUCAUUCAAGGAGAUCAGUGGAUUCCAACAAAGCUUGAUCCCCCCCCCCCCCAAUUAUUACCUACAAUACAAUCUUCUUGAUUGCUAUGUCAAAGAAAUAACAAGUCUAAUGCUUUGAAAA